UGCCAUGGUAACAGCACUGGCAUCGCCAUUUUGUUAGAAGGGGUUUUUUCGCUGUUCUCCUCAAAUGUUCUUUCCUCUCAGAAUAAGGCGGACACUGGAUAUACCCUUGACAUUUUUAUUGAAAGUGAAGCAUCCAAUGGAUUGGGUUAAGAACACCAAGGAGCAGAUUUGUUUGUGCUGUUGGAUGUUUUAGGCGGCGCCGCACUUACUCAGUUGUACGUAUCACUGGUCUAGCGGGCCGGUCCACUGCGCAGGUUUGGAACGCGCGCCAUUUUGUGAAAAUUGACAUUAAAAUUAUUGUCUAAAAUUACAGUAGCUGAAGCGGAGGAUAAGAUUUUUUCUGUCGUGAUUUUAAUUGAGUUUAUUUGUCGACAUGUUCGACGCGUAUAUGUUCCGUGCUGAUUUUGUACGGGAUAGAUUUGUCCAAAUUCAGCAACGUUGAUUUAGCGGUACAAUUGCUAACGUUAGCUAGCUAGCUCGGAAGCUAAUCUGGCUAGCUAGCUAGCAACUGAAUUCAGCUAGCUAGUUAGCUCGUUUGCUAGAUAGCUACGGUCGUUUAGACAUCAGCUCGUUCGCGACGCUAGUUUACUUCACUUCAUUAGAGCCACUAACGUUAGCUAGCUAAUUACCAACUGGCGCUCGUCUGUGUUGCCUUAGUUACCGAUGCUGUUUGCUGGAACCAGCUACGUUUGACAGAUAAUAAGUUAGCUAGACUAGCUAGACUUCAAUUGGCUGGAUAUUCUGACGACUUUGCUGGCUAGUCAGGAGGAAUUGAGUUUACACUGGCUAAAAACACGCAGGGAGUGGAGAAGCUCAAACUGGAUACGUUGCCUCAUCAUACAGGUUAUUGGACUAUAAAUGAAGAUCGUGCCGUCAGAGUGGGUUGUGGUUUGCUGCUGGACUCUCCUCCCAGGAUGAUAUGACAUUUUACAGGAGACGAUGCAUCCAGGAGGAGAGACUUCAGCAUGCAAACCUUCGUCCGUCCGGCUUGCGCCCUCUUUUUCUUUCCACGCUGCUGGUCUUCAGAUGGCUGCUCCAAUGCCCCAUACGCACCAGCAGUACAGUGACCGCCACCAGCCGAGUACUGACCAAUCUGUUACGGUCUUACCGUACAGCGACCCGAAUCAACAGCUCACUGCCAACCCGAGGCACAUGCCCCAGUGCUUUCGUGACCCAACUUCGGCUCCCCUGAGGAAGCUCUCCAUCGAUCUUAUUAAAACAUACAAACACAUCAAUGAGGUGUAUUAUGCAAAGAAGAAACGACGUCACCAACAGGGUCAGGGUGAAGACUCCAGUCACAAGAAAGAGAGGAAGGUCUUCAAUGAUGGCUACGACGAUGAUAACUACGACUACAUUGUCAAGAAUGGGGAGAAAUGGAUGGACCGCUAUGAAAUUGACUCCUUGAUAGGCAAAGGGUCAUUUGGACAGGUUGUUAAAGCCUAUGACCGUGCAGAGCAAGAGUGGGUUGCCAUCAAGAUCAUCAAGAACAAAAAAGCUUUUCUCAAUCAAGCUCAGAUUGAAGUGCGUCUCCUCGAGCUCAUGAACAAGCAUGACACAGAGAUGAAAUACUACAUCGUUCACCUCAAGCGCCAUUUCAUGUUCCGGAACCACCUCUGCCUGGUGUUUGAGAUGCUUUCCUACAACCUGUACGACUUGCUGCGGAACACUAACUUCCGUGGUGUCUCGUUGAACCUGACCCGGAAGUUUGCCCAGCAGUUGUGCACAGCUCUGCUUUUCUUGGCCACGCCCGAGCUCAGCAUCAUCCACUGUGACCUGAAGCCCGAGAACAUCCUUCUCUGCAACCCCAAGAGAAGCGCCAUCAAAAUAGUCGAUUUUGGCAGUUCAUGCCAACUGGGACAGAGGAUAUACCAGUACAUCCAGAGUCGCUUCUACCGGUCCCCUGAGGUGUUGCUGGGAAUGCCGUAUGACCUGGCCAUUGACAUGUGGUCCUUGGGUUGCAUCCUGGUGGAGAUGCAUACUGGAGAACCCCUUUUCAGUGGAGCCAACGAGGUGGACCAGAUGAACAAGAUAGUUGAAGUUCUUGGCAUCCCACCCAAUCACAUAAUGGACCUAGCCCCCAAAGCCAGGAAGUUCUUUGAGAAGCUAUCAGAUGGCACAUGGAGUGUAAAGAAGACCAAAGAUGGCAAAAGGUAUAAGCCUCCAGCCUCACGGAAGCUCCACUCCAUCCUGGGUGUAGAGGCCGGAGGUCCAGGUGGCCGGCGGGCAGGAGAAUCUGGCCACGCUGUCGCGGACUACUUGAAGUUCAAGGACCUGAUCCUGCGGAUGCUGGACUAUGACCCUAAGAGCCGCAUCCAGCCCUACUACGCCCUGCAGCACAGCUUCUUCAAGAAAACUGCAGACGAAGGGACCAACACAAGCAGCAGUGUGUCCACCAGCCCUGCAUUGGAGCAGUCCCAGUCUUCAGGAACAACCUCCAGCACCUCCUCUAGUUCAGGGGGGUCUUCUGGGACAAGCACCAGUGGCAGAGCGAGAUCAGACCCCACCCACCACCACCUGCACAGUGGAGGGCACUUUGGCACGGCCUUGCCAGCCAUCGACGGUGACGCCCUCUGUCCACAGGCAAGACAGCCGUACCCGCCUCCCUUAGUAUGGGGAGGUGGCGUUGGACCAGAGCCAGUAACGGGAGAGACCCAUCCAGUUCAAGAGACCACCUUCCACGUACCCCCACAGCACCCCAAGGCCCUCCAUCCUCACUCCCACCCCCAUCAUCACCAUGGGCAGGUGAUGGCCACGCGGCCACGCCCACGCCACUACACCUCCCCGACACACAGCUCCUCUACCCAGGACUCUAUGGAGGUGGUGCAUGGCCAUCUGUCUAUGACCUCCCUGUCUUCCUCUGCCUCCUCUUCCUCCACAUCUUCCUCUUCCACUGGGAACCACGGCAACCAGGCCUACCAGCUGCGCCACCUGCCCGCCGGUGCCCUGGACUUUGGUCGCAACGGUGGGCUGAGCAUGGGGCUGGGUGCCUUCUCAAACCCGCGGCAGGAGACUGGCAUGGCAGCGCACCCUGCGUACCCCAUGGGCACAAACACGGGGCCGGCCCACUACCUAGCGGAGGGGCACCUGGGCAUGAGACAGGGCAUGGACCGGGAGGAGUCUCCCAUGACUGGAGUGUGUGUGCAGCAGAGUUCCAUGGCCAGCUCGUGACUGCACUGACAUUUGGCUGUGUGUUCCCCCUUGUGUGUCAUUUUUAAGGUGGUGUUUUUUUACUACAGGUGUGUUGAGAACAAAAGCUGCUCACGUCAGAAGGGAGAUAUCACUGAAUCGCUACUACAGAGAAGAACCUUUGUUAAAAGUAUAUGUAAUUUCCAUCAUAUUUCUUUUACAAUCAUUAGGCACAUAAUAUAACAAAAAUAACCAGAGUAAGAUUGAGAACUCCAUUUGCCAUAUCACUAUAUUCAUGUAACAAGUUAUCCCUAUUAGGUAUUAUGUGGCAAAAUCUCUGAGCAUUUCUGAAUCAAGUUUGAAGCUGUUUCACAGGUACCUUUCAGUUAUGAAAUGCUAACACAUCCUAUUAAGUUCAAUCUGUGGAAUGUCUUGACAUUUAUGUUCCACUGGUUGUUAAUUGUUUUACCCUUUUAAGUGAAAUUUCACAUAAGAGCUGCUUGUAAAACCUGUAGCUUGACUAGGAGGGAAGUGUUUGCAGUGAUAUUUCGUGUUGUCGGUCGGUAUUGUGUAACUCUGUAAGAGGGGAGCACAUGGCAGUGGAGUUCCUACAGCGUGUGCUGGCCAAGUGGAAGGCAAGCCCCGCAGGUAGGUACCAACACUAGUCGGGGGGGGGGGGGGGGGGGGGGGGGGAGGGGAGGGGGGAGGCAUGGGCAGUUCAAGAAGGAGGUGGAGCCGCACUCUUCAAGCCCAGAGCCCUGUGGCCUGGCCCAGUGUGCUGGGACCCCGACCGGGCACAGACAAGGACAGUGAUGGGCCCUGGAGACAGGAAGAUCCAGCCCAGUGUGGAGGAGACAGUCAGUGGCUGGUUCUGAGAUAACCCUUUGGCCUUACGACUCAUGGACUUGGACUGGGAUGGAGUUGGACAUUACCAUUUGAUUUUGGAUGACUUUCCUCUAUUUUUAUCUUUAGAGAGCCCUUGAUUCUUUAAGGAUGUUAAAACAACAGAAAAAGGUAACUAAGAAUGGUAAUUUUUGAGGCCUUUCUCUACAAAGAUUUCUUCAACAGGGCCCCACGUAACAGGGUCUAUUGUACACACCAACCUCCUAAACGUUACUUCCUUAUUCUCAGAUUAAGGAUUUUGCAGUGGAAAGAACAAUCGAUUCCAGAGUCAACCCGUUUAUUUGUUUUUUGUUUAUUUUUUUUCCCUUAUGCAUGUAGUUUCUCAUCACAACAUCUGCACAAAUGUCUCUCCAUCUAAAACAUGGAAACUGAAGAAAAAACAAACGUGUUAAGUGACUGCCUUCUUUCUCCUCAAAUUAUGCUGUGAAUUUUACAAUGAAUUUAUUUUCCCUUUGGAUAUUUUUUAUACCAAAGCAGUUGUUUUAUAGCAUAUACAGUAGGUGUCUGUAACCAAUAAUGUAGCAGUUCACCACUCUUGAGGCAAAGUUUAUCAAGAUCUUAUUUUAUUGUCGAUACUUAACAGCUGCAAUAUAUUUCUUUAGCAAAACUGGAGAUUGAUGUUUAACUUAAUUGUUAGCCACCUUGUAUUCUGAUUUGGUUGCAACGUUUUACCAGAACUGUUUCCACAUGAAUUGGUAGGUUUUUAUCAGGAGUCUUUUAAAAUCUUGAUAUGUUAGAGACAUUGGUAGUUACUCUGCAGGCUCCGGAGUAGCAGGAUAGAAGCUGAUGGUUUAAAGGAGACUACUGCAUUCUAUGUCUGCAUUUGCCCCUCCCCCCCACGUCACUGUUUCAAAUGGUUUUGCUGACUUUCAUACAUCAUUUGAACAACAUGCUAUCUGCUGCCAUAAAACAUGCGACUACUUAAGUCUCUUCUGUGUCUGCAGUUAAGUAAGACAGUUGUGGGGAAAAUCUAUUUGAGUUUGUUUGAAAUGUUAUGCUGUGAUUUGGUGGAGCAGAUGCCCAAACGUUUUGUCCUGUUCAAAGGGAAAGGGUGCCACCCUCAAUCACGUGCUUGGCCGAAGCAGACAUGCAUGUCAUUACAACCUGUCAAUAACCAGAAAUUUGUUUUAUUUUAUAUCAGGGAUUUUGAAGUGCGUAUUAUUUUUUCUUACUCUCUUUUGUCAACUUUGGAAAAGUAAUUCGACCAAAAUCCUGCUUGUGUAAGCAAAAUGCAGACAGCAGGAACUUGUAGGACAUUCUUUUGUCAUAGUUCAGAGGAAAAACCAUCCCAUGGACAAAUCAUAUUUUGGUAGGCCUACAAACCUGAUGUAAAGCUACCUGUAAUGAACUCUAGGAUUUAGCUGGAUGUUAAGGUCAGUCCCAAUCAUUUCUACUACCCCUCAUGAUUUGAGACGUUCAGAAAAUGCCAGUGAUUCAACUGGCACUCAUACUGGUACAAAACAUUCCAAAAUAAAGACAAAAAAAAAGAAAAGAAUUGACUUCAGAGUGACUUAAGUGUGCGCCUGUUUCAGAUCAUGCUGAUUGACCUCUUAUCUAGAGCAGUUGUCAUGAAAUGCAGCCCCUUUUUAAUAGUUGAAAUAGAAUUUUAUGUAUAUAUUUAUAUUUUUUUAAUAAAGGAAGUAUAGAACUCACUACCUUGCUCCUGCUGGUAUGUUGGUUAUGUUUGUCAAUUUGGUGACCAUUCAGUGGGCAGGAACUCCUCUGUUUUCUUAUGUCAGUGGCGUAACCUUGCCUAGAGGCAGAGGUACUUGACUACAUCAGGACAACACUUUGAGGUAGGGUUUGAAUCAAGCAGGGAAAGCUAGAUCUUCAAACCUUAAUUUUCACAGGGUAUAUUGUAAGUGCAUGUACAUCACAAACCUUACUUUUUGGUUCUAUGAGAAGCACAUGUUUGAACAGUGGUUCUAUUUUCCAUAAGGUUAUGUUUGUGGGUCUCACACAAACGUUUGUACUUGUUGACAUGAUAUCCUCCACCUUAGAAAAUUCCAAGUCCUCUGAUUUCAUUUGAAUUUAUUUUCCUUCAUUAUUGAUUUCACAUUUUAUCACAUUUUUUGUACAUGCAACAUGCACUAAAAAACUGAACAGCAUGGGGGGGGGAGGGGGGGGGAGGAUAAGUCCAUGUAUCCACAGAUUGUAAGAUCUAGUCAAGACUUUGCUGUGUAUAUGACAAUGCCCUUUGUAUUAUAUUAAGACAGUCUUAUGUAUGAUAUAUAAAAAGAAGUUAAUUGAA